AUGUCUACCGUGCCGUACUGUUGCUGUGAGCGAGCCACGAGACUGGGAGGAGUUUUCAUCAACCAAGGAUGCGGUUUCAUUCAAGGACCUGACAACUUUCAUUCAGCGAAGAGUGACUGUACUGCGCGGCUACAGGCGAAUCCAGUGGAAUCUCAACCACCCAUUCAACCGAGAAGGCAAACCCCGCGACCAGUAGCCAGCCACGGAGCGGUCCAAAUCAAUUCACGAAAGUGUGUCAGUUGUGGCGAGCAUCAUCCUUUAUAUUUGUGUACAACCUUUUCAACGUUAAACCUAGAGGACAAGGAAAGAGAAAUUCAACGUUAUCGGCUUUGUCGUAAUUGUCCGCGGCAGGGUCAUCUAGCAAAGGACUGUUUGUCCACCAGAACCUGUCGAAAGUGUGGGAGCAUACAUCACACGCAGCUCUGCCUGGAGAAGACUGCCAUCGAAGAACAAGCAUCAACGUCAGCAGUAACGACUAACUACCCAUCUACUUCUGUAGUAUCGGCCACCAUUGGGGAAUCUGCUAAUGAUGCUUCCAUUGGUCUCGGACGGAAAACAAUUCUGCUAGCUACUGCUAUCGUCAUUAUCAUCGACAACCAUGGAGUUGAGCAUGCAGCACUGGCCCUCCUAGAUUCCAGAAGUGAAUGCUGUUUCAUGACUGAAUCGUUUUCCCAGCUAAUCAAGGCACAACGGAAGAAGAUUCAUCUCCCCAUCGCCGGCAUUGGCCAAUCUGCCACACAUGCCCGGCAUAAACUGCACUCUACGAUUCGAUCCUGCCUUGGCAAGUAUACACGCUCGCUUGAUUUUCUUAUUUUGUCGAAGGUUACCAUAGAUAUACCGUCUACUUCCGUUGAUGUUUCAUCUUGGGAAAUGCCACCUGGCAUUCAAUUAGCCGAUCCUUCAUUUCAUCGCACUAGAUCGAUUGACCUCGUCCUGGGUGCGGAAAUCUUUUUCAAUCUUUUCAAUGUUGCUGGCAGAAUAUCACUUGACGACAACCCUCCAGUGCUCGUCAACUCCGUUCUUGGUUGGAUAGUGUCGGAGAGUUCCACCUGCGUCCAGCCUACAACUCCAAUCGUGAUCGUCGCCAACGUUGCUACCAUUCAAGACCUGCAUGCACUGAUGGAAAGGUUUUGGUCCAUUGAAGAAGACGAGGCCGGUCUCAGUUAUUCCGUAGAAGAAGCCGCCUGCGAAGAACACUUUCGUCGCAUAGUCACCCGUAACUCCAAAGGUCGACAUGUGGUUCGUUUAACAAUCAAGCAAGAUCUCUGUCAAGUCCUCUCCAACCUCGUCGACAACCGGCGUUCCGUGCUUCGCCGCUCUCAUCAACUAGAAGCUCGUUUGGUACGCAACCCUGAUCAAUACCACCAAUAUCGAGCUUUCUUGGAGGAAUAUUAUAUGCUAGGUCACAUGCAGCGUGUAUUCGACCAUGAGAAUCCUCCAACGCCGUGCUAUCAUCUUCCCCAUCACGCUGUCAUACGAGCAGAAAGUACGACGACCAAGUUACGGGUCGUUUUCGACGCUUCAUCAUCAAACACCUGGCGGCCCUUUGCUCAACGAUGCACUCAUGGUGGGCCCUACCAUACAAGAAGACCUCCGUUCAAUCAUCAUGCGUGCUCGAACCCAUCCUAUAUUGCUGAUAUCAAGCAAAUGUACCGUCAAGUCCUGGUAGAUGACCGGGAUACACCGCCACAGCGCAUCGUCUGGAGAUCAUCUUCCGAUAGCCCAAUGGAAACAUACGAGUUGAAAACUGUGACCUACGUAAAAGCAAUUCACAUCGAGCUGGUCGGAGAUCUAUCUACUGGUUCGUUUAUAGCUGCUUUAAGACGAUUUCUAGCCCGUCGUGGAAAACCACGUCUUAUCGAAUGCGACAAUGCAACAAAUUUUAAGGGUGCAUCUCGAGAAUUAGCCGAACUGAAAAGACAAUUCAACUCACAACAAAUGCAGCAGUCCAUAACAAGUUCCUGCACCGAAGAAGGCAUCGAAUUCAAGUUCAUUCCACCCCGUUCACCGAAUUUCGGUGGAUUAUGGGAGGCGGCCGUAAAAUCUCUCAAGGCGCACCUGCGAGCAACUAUCGGCAACGCAGUCUUAACUGCUGAACAACUGACCACACUUUUGGCUCCAAUAGAGAGCUGUCUCAAUUCCCGUCCUUUAACGCAAAUGACAGCCGAGCCUGAAGACCUCGAAGUCCUGACUCCUGGGCAUUUCCUUAUCCAUCGCUCUCUGACGGCCCCAGCAGAGCCAUCACUAGAAAACGUACCAAUUAAUCGACUUGAUCGCUGGCAGGUAGUUCAAGAAUACGUUCGCCGACUCUGGAGGCGCUGGAGUACAGAAUAUUUGUCCGGCCUGCAACCACGGACGAAAUGGACCCGUGAAAAAGACAAUAUUGCCAUCGGAACCAUGGUUUUGGUCAAGGAGGAGAAUCUGCCACCUCUCAAGUGGCGUUUUGGCAGAAUCGUGCAUAUCUUUAGAGCAGAUGACGGCAAUAUACGUGUCGUGGUAAGGGCUGUGACACAGAAGUGCACCGACAACGGUAUACGCUGGCACUUCAAUCCGCCGAAGACAUCGAAUUUCGGAGGACUAUGGGAAGCCGCUAUAGCUUCCGCGCAAAAACACUUCGUUCGGGUACUUGGAACUCACACGCUGGCCUGCGACUCAAUGACAACGCUGCUGGCACAGAUUGAAUGCUGUCUAAACUUCCGUCCGAUUGUGCCACUCUCUGACGACCCGUCUGACUUGGAACCGCUUACACCAGGUCAUUUUCUUACCGGAGCAGCACUAAAAUCCGUCCCUGAUAACAACUUUUCGGAUGUUCCUUUCAACCGACUUCGUCAGUGGCAACAGACGCAAAAACUCUUCAGCAAAUCUGGAAAAGAUGGUAUAUGGAGUAUUUAUCCACACUUCAAUCACGCACAAAGUGGUGUAGACCACCGAUACAAAUCGAAACAGGACGUUUAG